AGCGCCUCCGCCCAAAACUCGAAACUAGCCGAGCGGCCAUCUCAAUUCAAAAUCCCGCCCACUCUCUCUUUCUCUGAUUCGCUCACUCCGCAUCUCCUCCCUUCCAGUCCUCCCCCCACCCAUCCCUUCCGCCUCCCCGCCGCGAUUCGCAAACCCUAACCCUUGUCGGCGAGAGGGGGGAGCCCCGCCCCCACCUCGUUCUGCUCCCCCGCCAUGAACAACUUCCACGUCUACGAGGCCAUCGGCCGCGGCAAGCACUCGACGGUGUAUAAGGGGCGGAAGAAGAAGACCAUCGAGUACUUCGCUGUCAAGAGCGUCGACAAGUCGCAGCGGUCCAAGGUCCUCAACGAGGUUCGGAUGCUCCAUUCUUUAGAUCAUGCCAAUGUCCUGAAAUUUUACUCAUGGUACGAGACCUCCGCACAUUUUUGGUUAGUGUUGGAGUAUUGCGUUGGUGGAGACCUAAAGGGCUUGCUUGAACAGGACAAGAAGCUGCCUGAAAAUUCUAUACAUGGCCUGGCUUACGAUCUUGUCAAAGCUCUUCAGUUCUUGCAUUCUCAAGGAAUUAUAUAUUGCGAUCUGAAGCCAUCAAACGUUUUACUUGAUGAAUUUGGAUGCAUGAAGUUGUGUGAUUUUGGAUUAGCAAGGCGUUUAAAAGACAUCGAGAAAACCAAUCCUGGAGAUGUGCCACAGCCCAUGAGGGGAACACCGUGCUAUAUGGCUCCUGAGUUAUUUCGAGAGGGAGGAGUUCACUCAUAUGCUUCGGAUUUCUGGGCACUUGGUUGUGUUUUGUAUGAAUGCUAUACAGGAAGACCCCCUUUUGUUGGCAGAGAAUUUACACAGUUAGUCAAAUCUAUAAUUUCAGAUCCCACACCACCUUUACCUGAUAAUCCAUCAAGGUCCUUUCAAAAUCUGAUCGAUUGCUUACUCAUGAAAGAUCCGGCAGAGAGAUUACAGUGGUCUGAACUGUGUGAGCACAACUUUUGGAGAACAAGUAUACCGAUGAUCCCUUUACCACCUCAGCCUACUUUUGACAACAUGAUCGAACUUUCUGCUACACCAUAUUUAUCUGAGAGAAAUGGCGAUAAACCUUACAGACAGUUGACACCACCCAAGCCUCGUGAGUAUAGUGCCCUUAGGAAGAAGGAUGAAAAUUCUACUAAGGCGUUCAUGACACCUGUUAAGAAUGUGCAAAGUGGCAAGAAAAAUAGUGCAAAACCUAAGGCUGAUGGUCUCAAAGGUGUAAAUAUCCUCAGAAUGUCUCGCAUAGCUAAGAUGAAUUUGCAAAGGGAAAUGGACAAGGAGAACUACAGGCGUCCUCCCACAGAAACAUCUGAGAAUGAGACUGAAGUUAAGAUAGAAAAUAAUGACAUGGAGCUCGAUUUUGGUGAAAAUCCAGAGGGUGAUGUGCUGGAUGACACUGAUGGAUCAGAUAAUCCUGGAUCCACAGCAAAUGAAAAACCUCAAGCCGCUGAUGGUAAUGAAGAGAAUUGUAUGAUAAAUCAGGUUGACAUGCUCACUGAUGAGGGUUCAGUUAAGCCUGAUACCAUGAUGAAAAAUGAGCAGAAUUCUUGUUCGGAUAACCUUGAUGUGGUGGCCACUCCACCUAGUAAUUGUAUGCGGAAAGCACAACGUGCUAAGGUAACUCCAGCUGCUGCAGCUGGUUCUGAGCCAUCUAACAUCUUUGAAGCAUUCUGGCAUCCAACAGAUCUUGCAGUUAAACCAGUUAUGCCUAGUAGGAAGGCUGAUAAAGCUGCGGACACGGUCCCCAUGCUUCCAUUUGAGGCUCUUACAGCAUGUGAUUAUAAUAAGUUACCACAGGAGCAGAUGAAUGCAUUCAACAGUCAGAUACUUCAGAGUUUAAGUGGAACUUUUCAGGUUUCAGAAAAACAAAACACUCUCAGAUACCUGGAGAUGUUAAGCAUGAACUCAGAUGCUGCGAACAAAAUAACUAAUGGUCCAAUUAUGUUGCUACUUAUAAAAAUGCUUCGACUGUCAAAAACUUCAGUCUUGCGUGUCCAAAUCGCCUCACUUAUGGGGUUGCUGAUACGCUAUUCCACUGCUCUUGAUGUGGAGCUGGCAAGUUCAGGAAUUUUUAAUGCACUAUCAGAUGGGUUAAGGGAUAAGCAUGAUAAACUCAGGAGAUUCUGUAUGGCAACACUAGGAGAGUUAUUAUUCUACGUUUCUACCCAAUCUGAUCAAGAUAUCAAUGCUCAAGAAUCUCCUUUGAAGGACAACAGGCCUGCAUCUUCUUGGCAGGUUCCUAGUGCUGUAAUUGCACUGGUGUCAUCUAUCUUGCGUAAGGGCGAAGACGAUCUAGCCCAGCUAUAUGCCUUACGAACAAUUGAUAACAUAUGUAGCCAAGGAACAGAGUGGACAUCACGUUUUGCUUCCCAGGAUGCGAUUGGACAUCUGUGCUAUAUCUAUAAAGCAACUGGAAAGCAGGAGAGUACGAGGCUCAUUGCAGGGUCUUGUUUGGCCCGCCUCGCUCGCUUCAGUCCAUCAUGUAUUCAUUUAAUACUGGAGAAGCUACCGUUCAAGGAUAUUGCAUGCACACUCAUCAAGGGAAAUCCACGUGAACAGCAGAUUAGUCUGAAUAUUCUCAAUUCGGCAUUAGUUAACAGUCAUAGUAUAACAAACAUGAACCGAUAUAUUAUUUCAUUAUCGGAUGACAAACAAUUGGUCCCUGGGCUUAUUUCUCUGAUAGAACAGGGAACUGAUGUUCUGCGUGGGAAAGCUCUUUUGUUUGUUGCUCUUCUUUGCAAGAACAGUCGAAGGUGGCUUCCUCAUUUCUUUUGCAAUGCAAAAUUAAUAUCAGCAGUUGAUAGAUUGGGAAAGGAAAAGGAGGGUUACAUUCAUCAAUGUACAGAAGCAUUUGUGCAGUUGGUUGCUUCUUUGGUCCCUGCUAUUCUUGACACAGUCUCCAGCGAUAUACAGCAGGUUAUGGCUGGCAAACGCCAUGGACCCAUUACUGCUUUAGCUGGACGAGCUCAUCCAAAGAGCACAAUUCAUCUGUUUCCUGUUAUCCUUCAUCUUCUUGGAAGUGCAUCCUUCAAGCACAGAGUUGUGACAAGUCAUGUAUUGCUUCAGUUGGCAAAUCUUAUUAAGAUUUUGGAGGCACCGCUUCAGGUUAGGGAUGAUUUCCAAAUGACAUUGUUGCGAGUUCUUGAGGCAGCUACAGAGGAGCCUUCUGUUAUACUUAAUGAACAUAAAAUAUUCACCAGUCGUAUCCUUCCUAGCUUGUCCAUUUUAUACAAGGGCAAUAAAGAUGGUGAUGCCAGAUUUCUCUGUUUGAAGAUACUCUCUGAUGUGAUGAUUGUGAUAUUCAGUGACUCUUCAUUAACUGCUGAUGAACAAACAAAAACUGCCUUGAACUCGAUCUCUCAGAAGCAUUUUCUGCCGCUGUACCCUUCAUUUGCAGAGGAUGAAGAUCCCAUACCCAUAUAUGCACAGAAACUGCUAGUAAUGUUGAUGGAACAUGGUUGUGUGAAAGUCUCUGAUAUUCUGCACAAAGCGACAGUAUUCCAGUGCUUUGAAUUUUUGCUAGGAGAUCUGUCAAAUGCAAAUGUAAGCAAUGUCAAGCUUUGCUUCGCUUUGGCAUCUGCUCCCGAGAUGAACACCCAUAUUCUUUCUCAGCUUCAAGUUGUUAGAAGAAUAGGGAACCUCCUUGAGUUUGUUGCUGCAAAAGACAUGGAUGAUUUUCUUGAACCCACCUUGGAACUUUGCAGAGCUUUCAUUAUCCGUGGUACUGGCAGCAACAGAAGUGUCGCCCUUUCCAAAGAGCCAGCACUCCUUGUUGACAGUGCCUUCAGCAUGAGCAUUGCUGUUGAUCAACAAUCUUGCGUCAUGGAUAUAUGUGACUUUGGUGGCAAUAUGGGUAUUUUUCUUGAGCUGGUUGCCAAUUCAGAUCCACAGAUAAGCGAUUUAUCGUCAGAUUGUGUAGUGUUGUUACUCAAGGCAGCACCUCGAGAGGCUACAGUGGGCUUGUUGACCAAUCUUCCUAAAUUUAGUGCUGUCCUGGACUUGCUCAAGCAUGACAGCUGCUUACGGCUGACUCGCUUACUAUAUGGCUUAGCCUUCUCUUGCAGACAAUAUUUAGCCCAGGGAAUGAUUCUGUCAAUAUCAGUGUCUGCUUUGACGCGAGUGGAGGCAUUUGUUUCAGCUUUCAAGGGCUCCAAUGACAGCCGUCUUGCUGAGUCUGCUUCUUAUUUGGGCGCCGAACUGCAACGCUUACCUCGCUGUGGUUGAGCUGCAACAUGGCCAAGGAGGCAGGUUAGCCGCUACUGUACAAGUGAUCUUAAUAGGAUGGCCUUGUUUUCCUUCACCCUUCAUUUACCAUGUACAUGAGCUGAGCAUGUGAUCAUGAUCUCAUCAAGCACAGGUAUUAUACAUCAGUGGCCAUCUUGUUUAUCUCAAUUGCACUCUUUGCCACGACUGCCAAUUGGUACCCCCUCGCUCAGCUAUGCGCAUGAUGUUUUAUGUUAUCAUUUAUGUGCGACGCGGGGCUGGUAUAUAUGGUGCUUUUGACCAUAUCUGGAAGGGGCUAGAGGUCGACACCCUUUUCUGCAUUUCCUCGCCAAUUUUGGUUGGCAAUUAACUUUUAAUUUUCAUGUAAUCUGUAGUACUUGUAAUUUCUUUGAGAAUACUGUAGUCCAUACCAUCAUGUGUACAUCAUCGAUAAACUCAUGUAAGUUUCAUGUAAUUGUGUUGUUUAAGAGUUUCCUAGCUCCUUAAUCAUGGAUUUUAACUUUCACAAUAA